AUGGUUUACAAAACUCUUGCACGUCCCGACUUGUAUCUCCGUGGAGCUUUGUGUUUCUUUACUCAUUUUUUUAAUACCGAAAACGUCGCUCAGAUGAGAAAGAACGACUUCUGUCAAACGAUUUCUGCUCUUCUUAUAGGGAUAGAGCAUACCCCAUACAAAUGUGAUGUCGAAGUAUUAACCGACUUCUUCAAAGUGCUGAGGAAAAUGUCACAGCGAAGUGUUGGAAAGGAGUUUUACAGUCGCUCCGAUUUGUACACCAAAAUGUUUACAUUUCAUUUGGUGUUACUUUCAAUCUUUACAAAGGCACUUUGUUUUAAAGAAGUUGAAAACGUUAUCGAGCAAAUCACUGCGACAUAUAAAUAUCCAUUUUUAGUUGCAGUGUGUAAAGGAAAGACUUAUAGUACACUCUACGAUCUUAUUAAUGCAAGACUGAAGGUGAGAAACCCUUUACUUACUGUCAACACACAUACUAAUAAUGAAGAAGACGUUCUUUUAAAACUCCUCAAAGCCAUUUUCGAGUCACUUUCAGGUUGGAUGGGAAACCUCCCGGAGUGCACAAACGCGUAUUCCGACGAAAUUUUGAUCCACACAAAAGUCCUUGGAAGAGUCGACUUGUCGUCGUCCGUGAAAUGCAUGACCACCUUUGUACAACUCACACUCAACACAACUUUGGAGAACGAAAAGUGCCAGUUGGAAAUAGAAAGAAAGGCAGUGGACUAUGUCGAUUUGAAAGAUAUUAGUGCCAUUAGGAUCAACGAAUCGGGAAUCAAAGAAACAAUGGCGCACAAACAAAUCGUCUUUGAAAAACUCCAAACCGCGUUUGUGACACAAAAAGAGUGGUUUGAUGGUGUUCAGUAUCUGUCGUUGUUCUACCACGUCUUCUUAAAUAAAGCAUUAAGAGCAAAAGCAAAUGUCAUUACGGUGUUACUCAACACGUGUAUGCCACUAGAAACACUCAAAGAUGAAUGGAAGAAGGUCAGAGAGUUUGUACAACAGAAGACUACACUCACUAAUUUCGAAAUCUUCUCGUACGAAAGAACGCCAAGAAUUUCGACGGUGUUUCCACUGUUUUCUAACGUCUUUUAUAACUUUGCGGAGGACGCUAAGAAGAGAAAAGACCCGAAAAACGCGGUGUCGGCGGCUACCGAGCAAGAAAAGGUGCUUUGCGAGUGUUUUGGUAAAGUCACAAAAAUGGGAGAUGCAGCGCUCGUUGAGAUGUUGAGAAUGUACGAAGGGUACAUUGCAGUUCUCAAAAAAGAGAGUGGAGAAACCUUGAAAAACUUCUUGUCGUUAUUUGACAAAAAGCAAAUAGACACGUGUACAACAAAGGUAAAAAGUGGGAAGGAAACCGUUGAGCUCAUAUCAAUGUGUGUCCAAGGAACAAUAGCCUUUGGGUGCAAGCAAGCCGCGGUGAGAGACUUGAACGAGCGAGUUGUCAAGUUGUGGAGAUUGUUGAAUCGAGAAGAAGUGAUCCGUAAUGUCAUAUUCAAAAUUUUCAAAGACAAAGAUAACACAGAGAGCUAUUCGUGGGAUGUCCGAAUGAAAUGUGCUGAGGCGAUUUUCAAGAGUUUGGAGAUGAGAAAUUUGAUAUAUUUGGAUAACGACAUUUUACUUCAAGAAACUGUAGAAAAUGUGGUGAAAGGAAUAGGUAAUGUAGAGUUUGUGUACUCCAUCCAAAAGGAUUGUUAUUCAUCAAUAUUAGAAAAGGUUCCUUAUGUUCUGGAACGCUUUUCUAAUGUAUUAAAAAUUCCUGCAGCUACCAACGUCUUCAUUCAAUUUGCCUUUCCUCAAAAGAAAGACUUCGAUGUCGAAAAGUAUUUCAAGAACGAAAUUAUCAAGACGUAUUCAACGGACCUUCCCAACGUUUGUUUGAUGGAGAAGAUAUAUCGUUUGGCGCUUGUAGGCAAAGAGCCCGACUACGCCACUCGGAAGACCCUCUUUUUGUCUUCAAAUUUCCGUCCAAUUUCUUGCCUUAAAUGUACUCUCGUUCCUGCAAUUUUCAGAAAUGUUGAUUUUUACAAUCACGAACGAUUGGAGAUUUCAACAAUGACAAAAACAUUUGCUCUUCUUCCGACAGAACUCAAAAUUUCAUAUUUGGCGCACAACACGUGUUACAUCCACAAUGAACCGAAGCUGUUUUUUGAAAACAUAAACUUUUUCGAUAUGAAGACAAUAGAAAAAAUAACUUUGGAGAUCACAACAAGUUCAAGUGUAUAUUUCAAGUUUGUGGAUUAUUAUCAAAAUCCGCCCAUUUGCGACUUUUCAGAGGUUUUUGACUUUUUGUGCCAAGAACAAAAUUUAAUUUUCAAAAAAUCAAAAGAAAGCGGGGCGAAGAUUGAGGCGGAACGAGCACCAUUCGAAUUUUCAGUAAAAAUCGCAAGAGGUCUUGUGGAGGCUAAUUUGGACCAAGUUUGCGCAUAUGCGGCUGAGAUUGCGCCAAAUCUCACUUUUUUCCCAAUCAUGAUUGAUAAAAUUGAGGAAUACAGAAAAUUGAGUGGUGGGAGGAAUGAGAACACAGAAGACGCCAAAAAAAUCCAGAAAGUUUUGUUUGGCAUUUUGUCUAAGAUGACAAACAAAAACCAACGGACAUUCAUCGACCAACUUUCGGUGAAGUCGGUGGUUCUUCUCGCACCAUUAUUCACAAUGAUAAGACUGGUUCUUAAAACACAAGUAACGCAAUUACCAAUAUUUGAGAAUAAUACUAACCAGAUAAUGAAACUUGACGAUCAGAAGGAGUUUGCAGAUAAAUUGCUUUUGAACGACUUUUGGGAUUUUUGUGAAGUAAAUUCAUUUGAAUCUGCACUUAAAAUAUGUAUCUCUUUGUUGUCACAAUUGGGAUACGUCAUUGAACAAAACACUACACUUGACAAUGCCAUCGAAGACUAUGUAGCUCAUAAAGUAUGA